AUGUUCAUCUUGCAGACCAAGGUUUCUCUGAGCCGUUUAGAGGAUUUUCUGUGUGCUGAGGAUCUGAACCCUGAGGAUGUCAGUACAAACUACAGUGGAAAUCAUGCUGUUGGAUUUAUUGGUGCUUCUUUUCGCUGGGAAAAAAAUGGCCUUCCAGUCUUAAAAAACUUGAGUGUCAGCAUUCCUGAAGGCUCUUUGGUUGCUGUUGUAGGACAGGUUGGAUCUGGAAAGUCAUCUUUUCUUUCUGCUGUUCUUGGAGAAAUGGAGAAACUUGAAGGAACAGUUCAGAGAAGAGGUUCAGUGGCAUAUGUCUCUCAGCAGCCUUGGAUUCAAAAUGACACUUUACAGGAAAAUAUUCUCUUUGGUACAGAUCUAAAUAGACCAUACUAUGAACUUGUUUUAGAGUCUUGUGCUUUACUGCCAGAUUUGGAACAGUUACCGAACGGAGACCAAACAGAGAUUGGAGAAAGGGGUGUUAAUAUAAGUGGAGGGCAGAAGCAGAGAGUGAGUCUCGCUAGAGCUGUGUACACCAAUGCUGACUUGUAUCUUCUGGAUGACCCCCUAUCUGCUGUAGAUGUACAUGUUGGGAAACAUCUUUUUGAGAAACUAAUUGGCCCUUCAGGUCUCCUAAAAAGCAAGACUCGUAUAUUGGUGACUCACAACCUGAUGCUCCUGCCUCACACUGAUCUUAUAAUCAUAAUGGAAGAGGGCAGAGUAAGUCAGAUGGGAACCUACCAAGAACUCGUUUCAAAGAGAGCAAAUUUUGCUGAGCUUAUUCAAGUCUCCAAUGCAGACCAUAAAAGUGAAGAUACAACCCCAAUGGGAGUGAGUUCUUCAAAAGAAGAGGGCCAACUGGACAAGAGUCUGCAACAAAGAGAACUGAUGAAAUGUAAAAGUUCUUCCUCUGAUCAAUGGAAAAUACCCACUAACAAUAAAGAAAAAGUUGCCACUGGUCGUAUGAAAGUGUCAGUUGUUUGGAAAUACCUCCAAGCCUUUGACUGGUGCUGGGUGUGGUUAACCAUAGCUGCUUAUUUAGGACAAAAUGCAGUAGCUAUUGGACAAAAUCUAUGGCUUAGCACCUGGACUGCAGAAACAUCAAAAGUUAGCGAUUUCACAGAAUGGAAACAUUCACAAAACUAUAAACUUUGUGUCUAUGGGCUUCUGGGAUUCACUCAAGGUCUUCUUGUUUGCUGUGGUUCUUAUGUGCUCACCAGGGGAUCCCUGUGUGCUUCUCGGGCAUUGCAUCAUCAGCUGUUAGACAACGUAUUGCACCUUCCUCUUCAGCAUUUUGAAACUAAUCCAGUUGGUCAGAUCAUCAAUAGAUUCACAAAGGAUUUAUUUAUAGUGGACGUACGUUUCCAUUACUACUUACGAACUUGGCUAAAUUGUACACUAGAUGUUAUUGGAACCAUUCUAGUUAUCACAUCUGCCUCACCACUAUUCAUAGUGGUGGUUAUUCCCCUGGGAUACUUCUAUUUUACUAUCCAGAGAUACUACAUAGCGAGUUCACGACAAAUUCGGCGGCUAGCAGGAGCAUCCCAUUCUCCUGUCAUCUCCCACCUCAGUGAGACUUUUGUAGGACGAUCAACAAUUCGAGCAUUUGGCCACCAAGAGAGAUUCAUUAGAAAAAAUAAUGAUGUUGUGUAUGAGAACUUAGUUUACUUCUACAACAACGUCAUCUCAAACAGGUGGCUGUCUGUCAGGCUUGAAUUUUUGGGAAGUUUAAUGGUAUUCUUUGCUGCACUGUUUGUGGUACUGGCUGGAAAUACAGUGAGUUCGUCUACAGUGGGUUUAUCAAUAUCCUAUGCUUUAAAUAUAAUUCAGAGUCUAAAUUUUUGGGUGCGUAAAGCAUGUGAAAUCGAGACCAAUGCAGUUUCAAUUGAACGAGUUUGUGAAUAUGCAAAAAUGGAUAAAGAGGAACCGUGGAUAAUGUCCAAAAGACCACCAGUGGGGUGGCCCGAUAGGGGAAUAAUAGAGUUUCUUAACUACAAGGCUCAGUACAGGAAGGAUCUUGGUUUAGCCCUGAAAAAUAUCUCUUUUCAGACACAGAGUAAAGAGAAGGUUGGAAUUGUCGGAAGAACAGGAGCUGGUAAAUCAACACUCACAAAUUGCUUGUUUAGACUCAUAGAGGGAUCUGAAGGCAAAAUAAUUAUCGAUGGAAUUGAUAUAUCAACUAUUGGACUCCAUGACCUACGUGGAAAUCUCAAUAUUAUUCCACAGGACCCUGUCUUGUUUUCUGGGACACUGCAGUCAAAUUUGGAUCCACUUGAAAAACACUCUGAUCUUGAACUGUGGGAGGUACUAGAGCUGUGUGACUUAAAGGAUUUCGUCCAGUCACUCCCAAAGAAACUCCUUCAUGAGAUUUCAGAAGGUGGUGAAAAUCUCAGCGUGGGGCAGAGGCAGCUGGUCUGCCUGGCCCGCGCCUUGCUGCGGAGGACAAAAAUCCUGGUCCUCGAUGAGGCGACAGCCUCUGUUGACGUGGAAACAGAUAACCUGGUGCAGUCCACCAUCAAAAGAGAGUUUUACAACUGCACAGUAUUAACUAUAGCCCACAGGCUACAUACAGUCAUGGAUUCAGAGAGAGUACUUGUUCUGGAUGCAGGAAGGAUCCUGGAAUACGAUACACCACAUAAUUUGCUACAACAAAAAGGUGCCUUUUCUGAAAUGGUUCUAGAGGCUGGGAUAAGAAGAUGA